GAGAGCAGGAGGUUAGCAAGGCCUGGGCUGGCUGUACACAGCCUCCAUCCUUUGGAUUGCUUUAUGUCCUGGCUACCUCACAGCUUGAUAACUUUUGCUGGCUCUGGCCAAAGCAAAUAUUUCCAUCCCUGCUCCAAGACUUGAAAAGCAAAUAUUUAGCCAGAAUGAAGCGCGGCCUGCUCUUUGCCUCUCUCCGUCUCUUCCCGUGUAUGGACGGGAGCUGAAGUUCCCAACUACUGUACACUCCCCAGAGCAACCCCUCCGCCGCCUUGGGGAAGGGAGAGCCCGCCCCCCUGCAAACAAGGGAUUGGCACGUUCCCUCCCUUCGGCCCCGGGCGGCCUCGCCUGGAUUAGCCGAGCGGGGAAGGCAGUCACCCGGAGGCGCUGCGGGAGCCUCUCCCGGAGGUGUGCGCGCCGCGCGCCUCGCACCUGCGCGCCGCCCCGUCGCGGCAACCUGUUUCGCUUCGCCCCGUCCGAAGGCAGGAAGGGCGCCGCUGCCGGCGCGGGAGCCUCACCUGGCCGGCGAGGCGGGGGCUUGCCAGGGGUUUGGUGUGGGGGGCGAUGCUGUGGGCGCAUUGCAGGCGGCUCAGGGUCAUCGGCCCCGGCUGACCUCCGCAGCGCCGGAUCCACGAUGAACAGGGAUCCUCGCCGGGUAGAUCUCAGCUUCUUGAACGAGGAAGAAGCCAAGCAGAUCUUCCGCGUGCUGGAGCGGGACUCGCAGCUCAAAAGGGCCGAGAAGGAGAGGAUCAGGUACAGCCAGGUCCCUUGAGUGCUGGACCUCUGGGUGGGGGCACCUAAGUUCUGGGAACCAGCUAAACCCGCGGGGUGAUGGAGUCCCUUUUAGGAGGACACGUGGAGAUGUUGUCUAGACCUUGUAAUAUGGGUGCUAAUGACUCUUUCAAUCUUCCCUUGAUCCCAAGCUAGUUGAUCUAACUUUUUAUUGUGCACCCUGGAGCUAUGGUGUUUUCCUCUGUUGCUGCUUUACGACCCAAUCCUGCAUGCAUUUAUUGCGGCUUUUAGUGGGAGGUGAUUUUCAUGUCCGCAAUAAAUUUCCUUCACAAGAGUGGUGCCAAGCUAGACUCUGGACUUCUUGACCUUGAAGCGCUACGCCUGAGUUUUAAAAUGUCUGGCGAGCUGGAAGUAUACUUGUUGAAUGUUUUGAGGAGGCAGGAGGCAGUUUGCACAUGCUCCAAGAAAACACUGUUUUUUAUUUUGAAUUAUUAAGGUCGCUAGGUUCAAAGCUAGGCCCCAGAAUUCAAAAGAAGCCGCAAGGCUGACCUCAGAGGAAUCUUGGUUCACAUUGUGUUACUUAUAUUUCAGGUUUAUAAACCGCUUUACAGCCAAAAGCUAUCAAAGCAGUGUGUUGUAAUAUAAAAUGAGAGAAAUUGCAAAAGAUAGACUUUAAAAACAAUUUAAAAAUUCACUUUGGGGGAAACUUUCUUAAACAAUAAAGAGUCUGGUGGGGUGUUAUGACAUAACAUUAAAAAAGAAAGAGCUGAAUAUUUUUCUUCUGUGAGCUGGAUAAAACAGGGCAUUUAUUAGAAUGAACUUUUGAUAUUUAGGCUGCCAUCAUGCACCUGCUUACCUGGAAAGAAGUCCCAUUGAACUUGAUGAGGCUUACUUCUGAGUAGACAUGUAUAGGAUUGCACUUUUGGGCUUCUUUCCAGGUAAACUUGUGUAGGAUUGCGCAAAUAAAUGUUCCUUUUUUGUUGUCUGUAGACUCUACCAUAUUUACAGCAUCCACACACUGCAAGAAGUUCUUGCCAUUCCUGUUAAAAAAAGCCUUACGCUUGGCUCCCAUGUGAUGACAUGGGUUUUGAUGCUUGCUUCAGCGCUUUCAGCCCAUAAUGAGCCAGCUGUGUGCAUAGGCUGGCAUGCAGAGGCUUUGGUGUUGGCAUGCCACCACAGAUCAACCUCAUCGUCAAUGCCAAAACCAAAUCUUGUGCAUGCAGGUGAAUAAGUAAGCCUGCCUUAAUGCAGAUAGAAGUCAGCAAAGGCUUUCCAUUCAAUCUCAUGUGCUGAAUCCAUUAGGAGAAUCGACCUACACAGUGCAAUCCUGUACUUUUCUACUCAGAAGUAAGUUUCAUGGGGUUUACUUUUGGGUAAGUGGGUACAGGAUUGCAGCUAGCAUGCACGACUUAAGGCCAGAGCUUUCCUGGUCAUUCUUCCUUGAGAGCAAGCCCCACCGAAAUAACCCUCGCUGGGUGCCAAAGUAAACAAAGCAUAAGGCCCGGUUCUUAGGCCUUUCACCUACACAGGAAGUUAAGAUGUGUGUGAGCCUCUCUGUUUCUCAUCAUAUAGAUAUAUAUUUGGCAGUGUUAGAAACUCGGCUAUAUAAGCUAGGCGCCAAAUGGCGCCUUACACCAAGGUUACAGUCGCCAAAAUGGAAUGCCUAGUUUCCAUUUUGGGGCCAGACAGCUCAGAAGUCAUGUUUUUCAAUGCAGCUUUUUGACUCCUGGAAUUCAUUCUGAUUGUGCAGAUAAAAUAUAACAGAUAGAUUCUACAGGAUGUGUUGCUAGUGUGUGGAAAGAGUAAAGGUCCAAGGAUUCCCCAGGCGUGGACAUCCAGAUGGUGGAGACUUCAGGCGCCAACAUGGCACCGGGGCUUCUUCACUUGGUUGCAAGUGGCCAAUAGCCAGGUGCAAAAUGUGUUUGGUUCCCAGAGAAUUCCGAACUCUGAUUUGGCAUAAUGGACACUUUUUUUCCCCUUUUUUUUUUUAUAAGUUUUUAUUGUUAAAAUAGUUCAUCAUUAAUACACAUAUACAAGCAUACAAACAUACAUUUCAUACAAUCCUUAAAAGUGUUCAAACAUACUUACACUUAAUCCCACAAAUAAUUCCUUUCCCCAUCACCAUCCACCACCCCUCACCCCACCUUUGUGUUUGACUUCCAAUCUACUCAAUUACAAUUUCUUUCCACUUCUAUUACUUUCUUUCACACUUUCACACUUUCAUAUUGGACACUUUUAACGUGGGGCUGACUGUAGCAGAGAAAUCAAACGUUCAGUGUAGGUUUGGAGAUUUGAGCCUCGAUCCAAGGCUCUGCUGCCUCCUCGUCCGUGUUUGUGUAGAGGGGAAGAGGUGUCUUCUCCAUGUGAUUUUUGUACAGUGGGUUAGUGUCUGCAUCUAACAAAGCAGGAAGGGACAGGGUAGCUAUUUUCUGGGUUCGGUUGCUAUUUUAAGUCUUCUCCCAAGCGGCUUGUUUCCCUCUCUCACUCUCUGAAGGACUUUGCCCUGGAGCUUGGGCAGAGCAAAGAGUACAGAGCUGUUUCAGAUGGUCACUACAGUAUUAGUGGUGUGUUGCUGAAUUUGGCGUCUUUGCCUUCGGGACAGCAGUUCCCAAAUUUUUCACCUGCAUGUGUUUUUCUCCCUCUCUGUCAUUCCAGGGCAUGGUGUCAUCAAGUGAAAUUGACCGAUGGGAGGGGUCAGGACAAAGUCCUUUUUGACAGUGCACAUGGUUAAACUGUGACGUUCACUACAGGACGUAGCAACCGGCAACUUAAGACGUCUAUAAAAUGGGCUUAAUUGGAUUUGUGGGUAAUAUAUCGCCCCAAUCCGGUUUGUUGUCAUGCUGGUUUCAUAAUUUUUGACCUGGCAAUAUUAUUAUUAUUAUUAUUAUUAUUUUUUAUAUACUGCCCUAUACCCUGGGGUCUCAGGGCAGUUCACAGAAUAAAAUACCUAAUAAAAUUAAAAACAACAACCCAAUACAACGCCCCUCCUACAAAAAAACACAUUUUAAAAGGGCAUAGGAUGUAAAUCAGAUCAACCAAAGUCCUGGUUAAAAAGGAAUGUUUUUGCCUGGCGCCUAAAGGUAUAUAAUGAAAGUGCCAGGUGAACUUCCCUGGGGAGAGCAUUCCACAAAUGGGGAGCCACUGCAGAGAAGGCCCGUUUUCAUGUUAUAUCGCGAAUCAUGAUGUGUGUGUGUGUGUGUGUGUGUGCACGUACGCAAGCUGUGCAAAAAUCAUGAUGCGUGGGGGGGGGGGGAGUGAAGCCAGCCAACGUCUCUACAUAGCUCCAUCCUUAUUUCAGACAUUAUGAUAUAUUGAUAUAUUGCAAUGUUUAGCUGGUGAUAUAUCACAGUGUUGAAAACCAGAUAUCGCCAAGCCCUAAUUCCCACCAGGAUCAGAGGCAGUAUUCCACAGAUCACUGUGGUAUACUGUGGGAAAGUUUCUCUCACAAGUUCCAAAGAUCUAAGGAGCCCAUUCCAUGGUAACUCGCAGCAGGGCUUCUGUGACUGCCCCUGAUCUGUCUAUUAAGAUAUGAUAGAUGCCCACUAUCUGCAAUUUCUGGAAACAAUAUAGGUUGGUUUCCGAGUACACCCUUGUGUCUUCUGAACCCAGAACUCUAUUUGAGUGAUGGGACUUUGGCGAAGAGGCAGAGCUGUAGUUAAGGGUUCUUCAGCUGAUAAAUCUGAAGCCAUCACCUGAGGCACACAAUUUGCCCUAUCUCCCACGACACAGGUAGACAUUAGAUAUCAUUAUCAGUUCUUCAUGUUGGCUCACUCCAAAUUGCAUAUUGGAAUGGCAGUAUCCCUGUGAUGCUGUGGUUAAAAGGUAAAGAUAAAGGGACCCCUGACCGUUAGGUCCAGUCGCAGACGACUCUGGGGUUGCGGCGCUCAUCUCGCUCUAUAGACCGAGGGAGCCGGCAAAGAGCUUCUGGGUCAUGUGGCCAGCAUGACUAAGCCGCUUCUGGCGAACCAGAGCAGCGCACGGAAACGCCGUUUAUCUUCCCGCCGGAGCGGUACCUAUUUAUCUACUUGCACUUCAUACGUUCGAACUGCUAGGUUGGCAGGAGCAGGGACUGAGCAACGGGUUCUCACCCUGUUGUGGGGAUUCGAACCGCCGACCUUCUGAUUGGCAAGCCCUAGGCUCUGUGGUUUAACCCACAGCGCUACCUGCGUCCCUGAUGAUGCUCCAGUUAACCUGCCUUUAAAACAUUCCCGCUCUGUUUCAGAGUUAAUGUCUUGGAUAUCCAAGGUGUGAGACAUGAUAUACCACAACGUCCAUUUCCCUGUACAGUAUUGGGAAAUUUUCUAUGUGUGAUGUUUUACAAUUUUUAAAGGUAUGCUAUAAGCUGCACAGAGUGGCUGGGGAAACCCAGACAGAUGGGCAUGAUAUAUAAAUAAUGAAAUGAUUAUGAUAACGGCAAGUAUUUUGCUAGCAAAAUAAUUACUUAGCAUAUAUACAGCACUUUUCUCAAUAGUCCAAAGUGCUUCAUAUAUUUCAGGCUGUACAUCAACCCUGCAAGGUAUGAGGGUACUGUUAGCUCCAUAUUUCAGAUGGGGUCUGGGAGUGAGAGAUAAUAGCUAGCCCAAGGCCACCCAUGGCGCUUGUGGCUGCGUUGUGAUUUGAGCCUAUGAUAGCUGAAGCUCUUUACCACAGAAUUACAGAAGCUUAAAUCUCCAGUGUUAAGUGGUGCAUGCCGGCACCUCAUAUAAAGAAGGUUGUCUUUUAUCUGUAAUCACAAGUAUGUGACUAUUCAUACUAUGGCACCUUCAUGAAGGGCUUGAUAACUUUAUGAGAAGGUGCUUACUUGAUGACUAGGUGAAUUCUCAACAUUAUCACUGUACCAAUGAGCAGGCUCUGCUACAUACUUUUUCUUGUACCAACUAGGUUCAAACGUUGUUUUUAAAUAGACAAUGUUAUGCACCAGACUGGUAAUAACCUGGCUGAGAGCUGAAAAACAUGAAUGACAGAGUUGCCCUAUGUAUCUGUGCAUGGACUGUACCAUUUCAAACGGCAGGUGGAAGAUUAGAUGUAUAAAUGGUUUGCCAUUUAUUAUUCUUAUUCUUUUAAAAAAACAGUUUCAAACUAGACUAUUUUCCCGGACUUGUUAGUUAUUUAUGUGCAUCAAAUUUUUUAUAUAAUGGGACUUGUAAGACAUUCAGAAAUGUGUAGUAGUGCAGCCAAGCCACAGGCCCAUCCCAUGAGUCUGCCAAUCAGAUAGCUUGGUUUCAAAUCUACAUCCAUUAGAACAAAGAAUGGGAUUGGUGGAUCACAAACCGGUUCAGGCAUGCUGGCGAACUAUGGUUUGGCACUAUGUGAUGAUGCGCUUGCUUCUCUCCUUGCGUGCUAUGAUUCCCUGCAUCUGUAGUUUGCAGUAAAGCCAUAGUUUGUCAUUUCAUCCAAAUUAACAAAAUGUGGCUUGUACUUGCUCUGCAAAUCAGAAUGUGAAACUGGAGCUUGACCCUGAUUUUGAGGGCAAGAACAAACCAUAAUUUGCCAGUUUGGACAAAAGAGAAACUGCAGUUUGCUACAGGAAAGUGCAGGGCCAAACCAGUACAGCAUUGUGUCUAAACUAGCCUGUGUUUUAUAUGAUGAAUCAACUAAGAUUUAUUUGAGUGGGGAGAUGGAGAAAGCCGAUUUCUCUCUGAGAUAGGAAACAGUGACAUGUGUUCUGUUCUGUCAUGUAUGAUUUAGCUGAAAUUAUGCAUUGCAAUGGUUGGGCUGGAUGCCCCUGAAGUCCCUUUAGCAAUAAAAUUCUAUGAUUCUUGGAGUGAACUUUGGCAUCGAACGUGUGUGUGUGCGUGUGCACAUGCACGUGCAACAGAAAGUGUGUUAACUUGUUGGCAUCAGAGCCACAGGUCAGGUGCAAAACACUAGCAACAAAUUCCAAGGAAGGAGCUGCAGAAAGGGAAGGAUGAGCAAUAAUGAGAGGAAAUUUCCCCCUAUAGGGUUGUAGGAGGAAGAGGUGAAGAAUAAACUUUUGCCUGCGGUUGGGGUCAAGAAAAAGAGCUUCCGGCCGUGUUCUCUUCCCCUGCCCAAUACAAUUUCCUUGAGUUAAAAAUGAGGAGAGGCUGGGGGAAGAAAAAUGGAAGAUGUAUUUUCCCCGGUGAACUUUUCUGUUUUCGUUCACUGCUUCUAUAAGCAAACUCUGGGGAGCAAAUUAGUUGUCCAAGGAAUACAGCAGUGUUCAUACAGCAAGGUUUUCUCCAGCAUUAGAUGUGUCCCUCAAUUAGUGCAACUGGUUUCUGUUGUUUAUCAAUAGCUUCCUAACAAGUAUUUAUUCCCCAGAGUUUUGUUGCAGAAUCUUGUUUCCCUUGGCUCAGGAUCGGAGGGGGGAUUCGCUGGGGAUGGCAGUCAUUUCAGAGUGAUCCUUUUCGUGCGCUUUGAGUGGCUCAUGGUCUUCCUGGUGGUCAUAGCCUUUGCACAGACACAAGCGAGCAACUUCCCUAACAAAGCUACUUCUGUCGCAAACUUUUCAACAGUUCACAGUCAGAUUUUGCAAAAGCUAUAAAUGAAUAGGAGGAAAAAGAGCCCAAGGUGUUUUAGCUGUAAGACUGUACCAUCUUAGCUUUUUAUAAUUUGUUCUGCUAAAGCAUGUUUCUGGAGCUCAUUGUUCUGGAUCUCACAUGGAGGGCUUUUCACUAUGGAGAAAUGGGGGGGGCCAACCUUUAAACACAACGUGUACAUUUCUUCCCUUGGCCUUUGUUGUUAGGACAUGGAGCAGAGAGACCUUAAGGGCAGAGGGCCUUCUCGGUAGUGGCGCCCACCCUGUGGAAUGCCCUCCCAUCAGAUGUUAAGGAGAUGAGUAAUUAUUUAACAUUUAGGAAACAUCUGAAGGCAGCCCUACAUGGGGAAGCUUUUAAGGUUUAAUGUUUUACUUUGUUUUUAUAUAUGCUGGAAGCCGCCCAGAGUGGCUAGGGCAACCCAGUCAGAUGGGUGGGGUACAAAUAAUAUAUUAUUAUUAUUAUUAUUAUUAUUAUUAUUAUUUACAAUCUAGUGAGAAUAUGUGUUAAUCUGAGGGACACUGAUCUUUGGAGGUUACUGCCUUAAAGUUCAAUUACAAUCUGUCCCUUUAAGUCCUGAUCCAACACUCUUAACCCCACACUUUCUCUCUCGUUGGACUCCACGUCCCAUCAGCCUCAGCCAACAUGGCCAUUGGUCAUGGACAAUGGGAGUAGUCCAACAUCUGGAGAGCCACAGAUGCCCCCAUCUCUGCUGUAGUGUAAUCCCACACAGCUGUAGUAUGUGUGUGAACCCUCAAGGCCACAUUCAUGCCAUACAGUUAAAGCACUAUUAUUGUACUUUGAACACUCAUGGCCUUCUCCUCCCAAUAAAUAAAUAAAAAAAUUCUGGGAGCUACAGUUUGUUAAGGGUUCUGAGAGUUGUUAGGAAACGCCCCCCCUCCCCAAAUUCGCACCAUUUUGCUGCAAUGCCCAGAGUUCUCUUUGAAGAGGGAUCGAUUGAAUUGGCCAUUGAUAUAGGGCAAUUUUCACUGGAAAACACUCACUUUGCACUGGGAAAUUUUCUGAUGCUCUUCAGAAUGAGGUCAUUUAGCAUCUUUUUACUUGUACUUAGUAAACAAAGCUAAAAACUUUAAAACUUCCAAACAUGCCUAAUGUUGUAUUCGAAAUUGGCAUUCAUUGUUACUGAUGAACAUAUGAAACAGAAAAAUUUCUGUGGAAAGAUAAACCCCGCAAAAGUGAUCAUAAUUGUAGUGGGGGGGGGGUGAGGUGUGUGUGUGUGUGUGUGUGUGUGUGUGUGUGUGUGUAAAAAGAGAGAACGAGAGAUAAGUCAACUUUCCAUGAAAAGAAUUUUAUAUCCACAAAUGUUAAUGGAUGAAUAAUAAUUGUACAGCAAGGACACAAGAUAUUGGCAUAAAUUGUAUCAAUUAUAUUUACUUGCCCCCCUCCAAUUAUUAAAGAAGGAAGGAAGGUCCAUUAAAAACACAACCUUUUGAGUAUUUAGCAGCUUACUGUUCCUCUGGUGUCCUAAUAAUGGUUAUUUUUUUAGAAAGCUGAAUCAUUGGUAGUAGUUUUAAGGCAACAGGCCCUUACUUUGGAGGAGCUUUUCUAACAAACUGGAUAGUACGCUGAAAUGAGAUGGACGAACCGGAUGUUAUUUAAAAGUAAUUAGCUAGGUUGGGCAAAUGGUCAUUUAAAACAGGUUCACUGAGGGCCAUAAGUUUCCUCUUGUGACAAAGCUAUCUAUCACCUAGUGUGAAUAUUUACCACAAUCUGCUACUAACAUUACUUCAAGGGCUGGUUAGGUUACAGUCACAACACCUCAUUAUAACUGUGCGGAAAUACAAAGAAGUGGCAUGUAAGUAAUGUUAUUGAGUGUAAUGUAAUGAGUGACAUUGAAGGAAUCUGGUGGGAAUUGAAUAUCAUGUGAGAAUAAAAAAAAAUCUAGUGGUGUCACAUCAAAAGUGAUUCCCAGGUUUACUCUUGACUACUGUGGGGAAAUUACUUCUGAGAGGGUUUUUAACCUUCAAAAAUAAAAUGUGUAGUUAAAAAAAUAGAAGACAAAGGAUUAAUAGCCUGUAGUCAAUUUGCUUUCUUCUUCUUCUUCUUCUUCUUCUUCUUCUUCUUCUUCUUCUUCUUCUUCUUCUUCUUCUUCCUGUAGUGCAUCUUGAAACUCUGGAGCAAGUGGGAAACUGACAGUAUUUUUUCCCUUGGCUUAGUAUCAGAUUUUUUUUUUGCAGGCCUAACAUCCCAGGGACACGGGUGGUGCUCUGGGUAAAACCUCAGCGCCUAGGACUUGCCGAUCGCCAGGUCGGCGGUUCGAAUCCCCACGGCGGGGUGCGCUCCCGUUGCUCGGUCCCAGCGCCUGCCAACCUAGCAGUUCGAAAGCACCCCCAGGUGCAAGUAGAUAAAUAGGGACCGCUUACUAGCGGGAAGGUAAACGGCGUUUCCGUGUGCUGCGCUGGCUCGCCAGAUGCAGCUUGUCACGCUGACCACGUGACCCAGAAGUGUCUGCGGACAGCGCUGGCCCCCGGCCUCUUAAGUGAGAUGGGCGCACAACCCUAGAGUCGGACACGACUGGCCCGUAUGGGCAGGGGUACCUUUACCUUUACUUUACCUAAUAUCCCAGGUCUUCUCUCUAGAAGAUGACAGGGAUAAGGCAUGAACUUAGAGUGCCACUGGCAGUCAUGGUAGACCAGGGAUGGAGACCUGUGGGCCUCCAGAUCUUGUUGGGCUCAUAGAAUUGUAGAGUUGGAAGGUACCCCAAGGAUCAUCUAGUUCAACCCCCUGCAAUUCGGAAAUCAGAGGUGAGUAAUCCCUGAGAGAUGGCUAGCCAACCUCUAUUUAAAAACCACCAGUGAGGGAGACUCCAUCACCUUCCAACAUAGUCCAUUCUGUUGCUGAACAGCUCAUACUGUCAGAAAUUUCUUCCCCACCUCCCAGGAUUUUAGAUGACGCUCAAAAGGCAUUCCCCAGAUACAGUCAUACCUCAGAAGUUGAACGGAAUCCAUUCCGGAAGUCCAUUCGACUUCCAAAAGGUUCAGGAAGCAAGGCACGGCUUCCGAUUGGCUGCAGGAAGUUCCUGCAGCCAAUUGGAAGCUGCGGAAGCCGCAACGGACAUUCGGGUUCCAAAGAAGGAUCGCAAACCGGAACAAUCACUUCCAGGUUUGCAGCGUUCAGGAGCCAAAACGUUCGUCUCACAAGGUGUUUGACUUGAUGGGGACAGGAACCCUGAUAGAGAAGUUCCCAGUUCCCAGACUCAAUUUUCUGUUGCUGAUCAAAGUGAAUAUAUUUGUUUUAAGGGGUCCUCAGAUCAGUGUCGGAGGUGGGGUCCUGCUAGGGCUCUCUCAUGCUAUUUCUCUUCUGAAAAGAAAUGUGUUUGUGACAGCAGGAAUUCAGGAAAUUUGAAAUGGAAUAGGAAUGCCCGUGUGUGUGAUGCACACAUACAUAUCUCAAUGCAAACACUUUCAAUAUUUAAACUGAUCCCUUCACUGUUAUUUGAACAGAUGGGCUUUUUAAAAAAUAAUUGCAGCAAUAAUUGCAAUUUCUUCCGACUUGUAGAUAGGUUGACUGUUUGACAGGAUGUCAGACUAGGAAUCCGUGUCCUCUUUUUGUCUGUGAACCCUUAGAUCUCCAGGCAGCUAAAAGAGGAGCAAUUUGUGUGUGCGUGGAGGGGAUAAUUCUGUCUUCUCAGAUCUGACAGUCUCCCUCUGGCAACCUGUUAUAAAGUUUCAUAGGGUUCAGCUUGGCAAAUAAAUCUUAUCAGCCCACGCUUCUGCCCGGAGGUGGAUCCACAAAAGUUUUAACAGGGGAGAUGAAACAUUUGAGUUUAGUGCAGACAAAAUGGCAGUUUAGGGGAUAACAGUAGCAGAAGAGAGGGGCACUUUGGUGAUCUAACAAUGUUCUGAAUCAUAGCUUUGGAGUAAAUAAACACGGUGAAACAAGUACUGAAAAAUCACAAGGAACACACAGCUCAAGAUCCGCCAGGCAGUGUCAAAGGCAACUGUAGGGUAGGAUCCUGCUGCUCCUGGCUGCUUUUUUCUUUGGCCUGCAUGCACUAUUUAUCCAAUGUCUUUUUGGAGAUUAUAUGCUUCCCAAAUGUUCUCUUGCUCCUAAAUGCACCUUACACGGGACUGUGGUCUAUAUCACUCCAGAGUGCAGGUGGGUGUGUCAUUUUUUAAUGUCCCAAAUGUUAAAAAGAAAAACCUCAAACAUCCCUUCAGUUAAACAAUAACCACCUAGCAGAACAAUAGCCACCAGUUGCUAAUGUGCAAGUACCGGUACUUGUCUGGAAUGAGAAAUGGGUUGCAAUCACGGUUACCCAUCCCAAGCCUGCAGGUAGUUUCAGUGGCCAGAUGAGAAAGUAUUUGGUCAGUCUCUAUUCUAAGUCAGAGGUUGUGUUGUGUGCACAAAACCAUCCACACCUAACAUUGUUUUUUUUAAAAUGCUUUUGCUGCAUCUGCACACCCUAAGGGUGUGGAUUUAGAGAAUUUUAUGCAGAAUUAGGCACUGGCCCAUUGAGAUUCUGGCACAACUACUUAAGGAAUGCAGCUAAAGCAGAGGAGUGCCAGAAAGAUAGGACUGAAAGUUAUUUGCACAAUCUUUUUCCUAGCUUCUGCAGAAUUACCGUAUUUUUUGCUCUAUAAGACUCACUUUUUCCCUCCUAAAAAGUAAGGGGAAAUGUGUGUGCGUCUUAUGGAGCGAAUGCAGGCUGCGCAGCUAUCACAGAAGCCAGAACAGCAAGAGGGAUUGCUGCUUUCGCUGCACAGCGAUCCCUCUUACUGUUCUGGCUUCUGAGAUUCAGAAUAUUUUUUUUCUUGUUUUCCUCCUCCAAAAACUAUGUGCGUCUUGUGGUCUGGUGCAUCUUAUAGAGUGAAAAAUGCGGUAAAUAACCUUGUUGCUUUCCAUCUAAGGGAAAAAUAAUAAUUAUGCUCCUGUUCAGUGUUAGAAACACAGAUAUAUAAGCUAGUCGCCAAAUGACUCCUUAAACCAGGGUUAUUGUUGCCAAAAUGAAAUGCCUAGUUGCCAUUUUGGGGGCAGACAGCUCGAAAGUCAUAUUUUUCAAUACGACUUUUUGGUUCCUGAAAUUCAUUCUGAUUGUGCAGAUAAAAUAUAAUGGAUAGAAUUAUAUAGGAUGUGUUGCUAGUGUGUGGAAAGGGUCAAGAUCCAAGGAUUCCCAGGCAUGCACCUCCAGAUGGUGGAGUCGUCAGGCGCUAUCCUGGUGCCUGGGCAUCUUCACUUGGUUGCAAUUUGCCAAUAGCCAGGUGCAAAAUUCGCCUGGCGCAUUUCGAAUGCUGCUCCUGUUUUGAUUCAUACUUGAGGUUUUUCCUGUAGAAUAUAAUGAAUCAGGUCCUCAGAGGGUCAGGCUGCAAUCCAGACCUUUGAUCCACCAUGCUGGGUGUUGGAUUGGGUGGAGAUCUGUUUACACAUACAUGUUUGAACUCACAUGCAUGUCUAGCACUCAGAUGUAUUCAUGCACACACUAACAAGAGGUUGCAUCCGUUAUGAAUAUGUGUUUUACCCUUAACCUUAUGCCCACAAUAAGUUCCCACACAAACAGAAUAAAGAAAACUUGGUUUAUUAUAUGAAACGCAAAUGACAGAAUAUAUAUUUGUUUGCCCCAACACGCAUCGCUUGACGCUUGUUGAAGUUCAACUGUGUUUUCCAUUUUAUAACAAUCUGUUUCUUCUUAACUAUACUAAUGACAGACUGUGGGAGGGUAAUAUAUAUCUGUACGUAAAUCAAAAGCUGUACCAAUAAUAUAUGCACACCAGGGGGCAGGAUGAGGUCACAUUCAAUUUGGCAUUGUCUAAUUUGUUAUGUAAAAUGUACUGCAACUUCAUGGGUGUUGCAGAAGGUGCUCUUUCAAAAAUAGCUGUUCCAGGUUCAGCAUGUUGACACACCAAGUGAGAAAAAUAAGUGUUAAAGAUUAACAGACCAAACCCAGGGCAUGUUUACUCAAGAGUAAGUCCAGCUAGAGUCAAGUUGCCAUAACACUCCUCUCUCAGGGCAGCACGAUUGGGCUGAGUGCCAAUACUGUUGUGUAUACACAGCAGGAGAGCACUGGAUCUUUUUUUAAAAUCACAUUGACUUGAAAUUUAGCUUGGUUUUCCUAGAACGGUAUAGGCCACUGCUGAGGAAGUGCCCUAUCUCUCAGUGGCCCACGCCAUUUCAGGGACCUUUACUUGAAAUGUGGCUCAGUUUAGUUUACAAUUUCUUUUUAAACGUGGUUGGGCUCUCUUCCACUAAGGUACCACACUGGAGGAGCACAUGUACAGCUGCUGAGGUCAUAAAGAUGAUUUUGGCUGCAAUCCUAUGCAUUGAGAGGUCAUUCAAAGGGGGCAUAUAGCACCUUAGAUCUCCCUUUCCAAAUUUGGGGAGAGAGAGCUCCCAUGUUGGAUCAUCACUCCCAACUGCUUCAGAAAUGUCUGUGGUCCCUCAGGCAUUGGAGUGCAGACAUAUGUAGAACCAGAAAUCAUCUUCUUCUUUGGUGAUCACUCAUAGCCAAGUAAGGUUGCCUUCGAUGAACACUGUCAUGGAAAUAGGGUGAGUGUGUUGCAGUGUUAUAUUAAAAUUUGGGGUUGGCUUUUACAGCCCAACUGCCCCAAGGGACUUAGAAUCCCCUAAGUCCAUUAAAUCAGAGAAGAAUGGAUGGCGGCAGGUACCAGUAGAAGAAAAGCAAGGAAGAUACUUGCUUUUUUUCUGUUGCAAAAGAGUGUCUCCUCCCCCCGCCCCCGCAAAAGGAGGUGAAAACCCGGAACAAAGGUGUAUAGCAGCUUUUAAAAGCUUCAGAAAUUGCCCAACCCCUUAGCCCAGGGGACAGCAACCUUUCAUUUUCGUUCAUUCCCCCCCCCCCAAAUAUAGUCCGGCCCACCACAUGGUCUGAGGGAUGGUGGACCGGCCCACGGCUGAAAAAGGUUGCUGACCCCUGGAGCCUUGAACAAUGGAGGCCGGUGAUGGAGGAGUUCUGUCGCUCUUAACAAAGUUGUCAUAGUUACUGCCCCACAGAUCCAAAUGAUGGUUGUGCAAGUUUGUGGCAAGCUGCCUUGAGUACAGAGUAAAAGAAGGGAGAAAGAUAAACCAAUAAAUAAACUGCACUGCAUAUGUUUGUGACUGCUGGGACAACUAUGAUGUCUUGUAAUACUUCCCAUCACACAUAUACAAUGCGGUGCAUUUAUUUGUGAAUUGAAAUUGAUAUUUUUUUUGUAGUACAUUGGAGCAUUCAGCUAUUGAAUAUCAUGAUAUUACUAGACCUGAUAUAUGACAGUGUGUGUGUGUGUGUGUGUGUGUGUGUGUGUGUGUGUGUCCUUACUGGGAUCAGAUCCUGGGUCUAACAAUCACGCCACCGUCUUGCAAACUGCAGAAAAGGCAAUAUAGUCACAGUUGUUUGGAAAUCGUGCCCUCUAGUUUUUGGCCUCUAGAGGGGGUGCAAUACAGUACUUUGAAUAUUAUUUGACAGCUGCCUGCCUGCCUGAAGCAGGAUGUGAAAGUGUACUAUUGGCUAAUCUAGCAAUUUAGCAAAGGAUUGCAGAUGAAACUAUGGCCUUUGACAACUAAAGCUGAGAUGCGGCUGCUCACCAGGCUGCAGUCAGGGCCAACUGCAUUUAAAUUGCUGGUUUAAAAUGUGCUCUGGUGUAUUUUAAUUGUUGUUUUUAACUGGUUUGUUGUUAUUGCCCUGCAUUUUAUAAUUAGUGUUUUUAAAUUUUGCAAGCCACCUUGAAUCCCAGCAUGGGAUAUAUAAAUAUAUUAAAAGUAACAAACAAACAAACAAACAGCCUAGUAAACUGCUCUGACUUGAAGGUGAUACUAGAGCAAUGUCAUCGCAAAGUCUGUUGUAUCAUCCUUUGCCACCACUGGGUGAACUGGGAGGAGGAGGAGGAGAACAAUAACAAUAAUAAUUUGCCCAUCUGGCUGGGAUAGCAGGUUAAUACUAGCCUCUAAGCCAGGGAUUGGCAACCUAAGGCCCAUGGGCCACAUGGAUGCCGACGCUGGAAAUCGCGGUCAAUCGCGCACAAUCUGACCCACGGAAGGAUCUCCACUGGAGUGAACCGGCCCAGGCAAGGUAAACCUUGCCAACCCCUGCUCUAAGCAUACCAGUACAGUGGUACUUCGGGUUAAGAACUUAAUUCGUUCCGGAGGUCCGUUCUUAACCUGAAACUGUUCUUAAUCUGAGGUACCACUUUAGCUAAUGGGGCCUCCCGCUGCCGCCACACUGCCGCGGUGCGAUUUCUGUUCUCAUCCUGAAGCAAAGUUCUUAACCCAAGGUACUAUUUCUGGGUUAGCGGAGUCUGUAACCUGAAGCAUCUGUAACCUGAGAUACCACUGUAAAGCAAUUAUGGGCUGGCAACUUUUGUGGGUGUAUUUGCAACGCUCCUAUAUGUGCUUCACAAAUUGGAAUCCAUUCUCUCCACCCCCUUUUAGGAGGAAGAGAAGACCACUCCUCCAGGGAUGUUACUGAGAAUAUUAAAAACAAACAUAAUUCCCAAUUAAAAUCACGUAUGUGUUCUCUUUCAUAGCAAACUUCACAAGGAAAAGGAAGAUGCAACAGGACUACCAGGGGUGACCGGAGACUGGUUUGAAGAAAUCCAGAAGAGAAAAUUUCAGAAUGAGGCAGAUGUUGGCAAAAUGUUCAAACAACCCCUAGUUCACAGACUGCGGAAGUCCAUCGGAAAUGGUGAGUUGCCACUCAUGCAUCCAAACAAGGCCACUUCCAACUAUAAAAAUGCGCGAUAUAUGACAUUGUGAGUUUUAAGGAAGAGGAACAGUCACCGGAGAUUUUUCAGGUGGAAGGAAUAUCUCAAAGUAAAGCACAUUAAAAGGCAAUUUGGCAACUUAGCUGUAGCUUCUCUGGAAAUGUCUUGUCAAGGCAGGGAUCAGACUGCUACAGUGAGCAUUAUCUGAUCGAAUUGCCUCAGCGCUGGCCUUUGUGACAGGAAGAGCAUUUAAGAGCUUUGUGGGGAAGGAAAUUAUAUAUUGUAGGGAAAUAUAAAUAUAUACGCUGUGUAUUGACUUAUCACACUCAAGUGCUGUAGUCCUCCCGGAGAUGAGAGAAAUCAGGUCUCGGAUAAAACAGUGCGCCUCUCCAAUCUGCUUGUCAGGGGACAGGAAUUCAAUUUAGAUAAGUGAAAUGGAUGGACGGAACCUUGACAGAUUCAACGUGGCUCAGAAAGCAGGCAGGUGAUGAUGUGAUCAGAAUAUCAGGACAGGAAGAUGGAGCCCAUCUGCUGUCUGGCUUGACACUGAUACAGAUGUAGGGGGAAUUUCUCUCAGACUGUUGCUUUGAUCAGUUUCUUAACUGUCCUACAUACUGUUGUGGACAUUAAACAAUGCUCAGAUUCACCUUAACAUUUUUUUUAUUCAGGUACCUAGACAGAGGCGCGCGCACACAAACACAUACACACCCCGAACUCAUGGCAGUCAGGGAGUAUUCUGAGGACAUGCAGAAUAUACUGAAUAUUUAUACAAAGUUUGUCGCGUGAAGCACAGGGUUUGCUUCCUCAAAGAAAAUGGAAAGUACAAAGAUUUAAUAAUGAAGUUGAGUGUGGAAGGCUUUUUAUAGAUGCCACCUUCCUGGCCCCCCCCCCGCCAUAUCUGAGGUGAGGCUUCUGGAGACAGGGCCUUCUUGGUAGCUGCACCCUAGUUGUAGAAUUCUCUCCCCAGAGAGCUUCGCCUGGCGGCUACUUAUCAUUUUAGCACCAGAAAAAAGGCCGUUCUAUUUUUCCCAGCCUCCUUAUUCACAGUUUUUAAUUGCAUUUUUUUAACAAAUGUGGCUUUUAGCUUCUUUUCUUUUUUCGUAUUUGCAUUUUAAUUGUUUUAUUCCUUUUGUAAGUUGCCCUGGGAUUAUGACUGAAAGUCUGUGUUGAUGCUUCAAAUAAUAAAUAAACCCAUUUCAAAGGAUUGGGGAAAACAAAAAAUACUUAUCAUUUCAAUUUCCAUUUCAGAUGCAAAACCCUCUGCCCCGCCGAUCCCACAAGCCCAGAAGAAUGCCUCCCCUUCCAUCCUGGGAGGGCUGCGUAUGCCUUUUGCAUCUCUCUUCUCCUCCUUCAGAAAAUCGAAACGGCAGCAUUCAAAGCCUCUGCAAAAGCAGCCUCAAUACCCUCCACGGUGAGCUGGAAGCUUCCUGUCUGUGUGCAUUCAGUUGCUCUGGUUGCAAAUCCAGAUCUUUGGGGGCCAGGUUGGAGUCAGCUGCUCUGUUGCAGAAAGCACCAAUGAUGGCUUUUCUGGGAUUGGUAGAGAAGAGAGGUCUUCAUUGUUAUUCCUGCCUGACAAGUUAGACUAGACUCCCAACUCUACGAUUCCAUGAACUUUCAUGAGCUUGUCCCUCGUGAAUUUGUUUCUUUCCUGUGUCUGCCUCGGAGGAUUUCACACUAGGCCACGUUACAAAUGUUGAAAGCUGCUUGACCGCCAGUGUGGUGUAGUGGUUAAGAGCGAUAGACUCAUAAUCUGGUGAACCGGGUUUGCGUCCCCGUUCCUCCACAUGCAGCUGCUGGGUGACCUUGGGCCAGUCACACUUCUCUGAAGUCUCUCAGCCCCACUCACCUCACAGAGUGUUUGUUGUGGGGGAGGAAGGGAAAGGAGAAUGUUAUCCGCUUUGAGACUCCUUCGGGUAGUGAUAAAGCGGGAUAUCAAAUCCAAACUCUUCUUCUUCUUUUCUGUAACAUUUGAAGGUAUGGCUGCAUCUCAGGGAGCAGGGAAUUUGGACACAGCUGGAAGAGCAGCUGACCGAAGUUUCUGGGAACAUGACCCACGCCCACCUUCACCAACCUAGUUUCCUCCAGAUGUUUUACACUACAACUCAUAGGAACAUAGGAAGCUGCCUUAAGACCAUUGCACCAUCUAGCUUAGUAUUGCUUACACUGACUGGCAACAGCUCUCCAGGGUGUGAGACAGGAGUCUUUUCCCAUCCCUGUCUGGAGACGCCAAAGAUCAAUCUGGGGACCUGCUCCACGCGAGCUCCUCCCGUAAAAUCUGUUUUGACAUAGCUAUUCAGUAACGUCAGAAUUGGCUGGCAGGGAAAUCUGGUGGGCUGAAAGUAGAUCACACUAGAGUAGGAUAUGUAACUACUUGCUAAUUGCAGGGCGUGAGCAAAGCUAGUCUCUGGAUCCUUCUGUUGUUGCUUUUAUUUAAUAUGAAAUUCAUGUUGCAUCUUAUGCAUUCCUUCCAUGUAAUUUGGUGUCUCCCCUUCUAAGUGCUCUGCACUCACACAGGAAUUUCCUAAUUUGUGUGUUGAGCAUUUUUGUGCUCAAAAAAAUUCUGGAGAAGCCCCUGUUUGCAUACACCCAUUCAUAGUUAGAGCUGUCAGGGUGGAGGCCUCAAAUCCUGUUUCAUGAGGUGAGAUGGAUGAUACAAGAGGCAGGGACUUUUUGAUGGCAGCACCAAAAUUUUGAAAUGCCCUCCCUGCAAAAGCCCGUUAGGUCAGGGGUCAGCAAACUUUUUCAGCAGGGGCCGGACUUUUUCAGUUGGGGGCCGGACUAUAUUUUGGAAAGAAAAAAAAAUGAAUGAAUUCCUAUGCCCCACAAAUAACCCAGAGAUGCAUUUUGAAUAAAAGGACACAUUCUACUCAUGUAAAAACACACUGAUUCCCGAACCAUCCGUGGGCCGGAUUGAGAAGGCAAUUGGGCCGGAUCCGGCCCCCAGGCCUUAGUCUGCCUACCCAUGCGCUAGGUUCUCUCCUUGUUUGCUUUUAGACAUGCACUGAAAGCUUUCUUUUCUCAUCAAGCUUUUAAAAGCUAACUAUCUGCUGCUUUUAAUGUUUGCUUUGCUUUAACUGAUGGCAUCCCUCAUGUCUUUUAUCUCCAAAGUUCAGAGGGGUGUGUGGAUGAUUAUGUAGCCAAACAUCACCAUCAACACCUAAAAGCAAGGCAUCAGCAGGGUUGUGGAAGCCCUAAGGUUUGCAGAAGUACCAAAAAAACUUUAGCACAAAAACAGCAAAGGAGUGGGGAACCUCCAAAACAAACCAAUGAUGAGGACUGAGUGUUUUGAGUGACCACAGAAUAUUAACUGACUGUUUGGGUGGUGAACUGGGAGUAUUUUGGAGGACUCCCUCCAUAAUGCAAACAUUUUGUCGCAGGUUCCACUUGUUUUAUUAGUUAUUAUUGUUAAUAUAAUAAUAAUAAUAAUAAUAAUAAUAAUAAUAAUAAUAAAGCAGAAUAAAAAUAAAAAAUGAAAACCAAAACGAAGGGCACCCCAUUGUCUACCCCCAUGACUAGGUGGGACUUUGGCAUCAUCUGCCAGGGCUCUUCUUAUAUUCAAAGUGCUAUACAGUGGUACCUCGUGUUAAGUACUUAAUUUGUUCUGUUCUUAACCUGAAACUGUUCUUAACCUGAAGCACCACUUUAGCUAAUGGGGCCUCUUGCUGCUGCCGCUGCGCCGCCGGAGCACGAUUUCUGUUCUCAUCCUGAAGCAAAGUUCUUAACCUGAAGCACUAUUAGCAGAGUGUGUAACCUGAAGCGUAUGUAACCCGAGGUACCACUGUAAAUGAAAUCCCAUUAGCGGUUUUUAUUUCUUUAUUUUUGUGUGGUUUGUUUUGCAUCUGCUCAGGGUCUGCCUGCUUUAGCUGUCCCAGUUCUCCUCGCCUUGUUCUCCUCUCAAGUGUAUGUUUCCUUUCUCGCUGUUGCCUAGAGGCAUUGGGUUACGUGCAAACGGGGCUUUCCCUUUGGCUGCGUGGGCUGGAUUUGCUCGCUUAGCACCUUUCUCAGGGCCUCGGAUGAUGUCAUGCUUCCCGGCCCAGGAGGGCGUUUGGAACCAGUCCCACAGAGGUGUGCGGAGUGCCGUGUGAAGGAGCAUAAACAAAUAAGCCCGGCCACCGAACUGAUUGCUAAAUGCGGUAUUUAUGUCUUCUGCUUGAAAAAUCCCCGCCUUCUUCAAAAGGUUGCUUUGCAAUGGCGUUUGCUUUAUAGGGAGACGAGAGCAUUGAAAUCUCUCUGGCACCAUUAGGAGGAAGUUGUUUAGAAAGCAGGUGAAAUUCCCUCGUCGGCACUGCCGUCUCGUCCUGCAGGUAGGCAGAUCAAAGCUGCAGUUAAAGGCGCGAGAGCAGGCCAGGCCAGAUUUUUACCCGGACACUUGGAAACCUGUCUCCACCUGCUUUAAGCAAACGAUCUCUCUCUUUUUUAUUUUGUGUGUGUCCUGUAGCAGGUGGGAGAGGAGGAGGGUCGAUCAAUGGAUUGUUAGAGCAGUGGGAGAAGGGAUGUUGUGGCUUCAUUCUCUGCUGGGUUUUCUAAAAAGACGGACCCCAUUUUGGAGAGCAGAACUGUAAACGCAAGAAUUGAGAAUGUUUGAGAGGGUGCCUCCAGACUGCCAGAUUUUUGCAAGAGGCGUUCUAGCACAGACUGGCAAAUUUGGGGAGGCACAAUUACAGUUAAUCAAAGAGCUGCCCUAGUUUGGGGGUGGGGAACCUCUGCCCUAUGGGCCAAAUUUGGCCACCAGGCCUCCCCAUUUGGCCUGGCAGGCAGUUUAAGGGAAGGCACACCCACCUGCCAUACACAUGAUACCACCUCUGGGUUGGGUAAAGGCAGGGCUUCAAAGGAUCAACUGGGAGCUUAAAGUAGGCUCCCAGUUUUUUCUUUCCUCGCUGGAGCAAGCUGUGCUCAGCUGAUGGGCAUGAGGAAGGUUGGUUCAAAAUGGGUGACCCUGCUGCUGUUGAAUCUAUAUAUUUAAAUGCAGGCAAUCUUGACCAUUAAUCCUCCUGCAACUUGUAAUUGCUAGGAAGGAAGUGUCUGAACAAACCCAUCAAUCUCAGGCAAUGUUUUUACCCUGUGCAUUUAUUAAUAUGUCCUUAUUAGAUAUAAUUCUUGCUGUGCAUUCUGUAGCUUGGGCUUUUGGGGGGCGGGUUGCCAGUUCUUUAAAGCCGGCCCUGAAUUCUUUCGCUUGAAAAUAGCAGCUUGACUUGCUGCAGUUAACAAGUGAACUCCUUGAGCUCCUUGCCAAGGAAAAAGUUUCGCUUGCCAACUCCUGCAUAUUAUCAAACCUCUGUUAAAGGACAAAAACAGGCUGGGCUGGUUUUUUCCCCUUCCCUUUUCUUUCUGGCCGGAUAGCAGCCCUGUCUAGCUUAUUAAUCCAGCUACCAAACUUCAUGAAGCGAGGCAGACGGACUCACUGGAAACUGGCCUCUGAUGCCCUGAUGUGGAAUGGCAGCUGGGAUAUUCCUGAGCUCCAUGGUAAUUAAACAUGUGGGCAUUGGUAAACAGGCCUUUAAUUUCAAAAUGCUGACAGGAGCAAUUAACAGCUGCAGGAUCCUUUUACUCUUCUGCCUCAUAAUUGGCCGAGGCAGCUAAGGUGGGUCUGUUUAUUCUUUGAAGAUCCCUAAUAAAGGAGGGGAGGGGAUCGUUCUGGCGUAAUUAGGAGGAAACCUUUUAGAAAGGUGUCCAAUCUCUCUUGAAAGAGAAACCUGUAGGAAAGUAAUCCUGUGGUACGGGAAAGUCAGAAUUUGGAAGAGAUGAAAAAGAAAUCCUGAAGGCAAGUUCAAAAAUAGAAUUUUAAAAAAUUAUACACAGUGUGGUUAAAAUUGCCUGCCUGCCCCAGAGUCAAAUCCUUUCACUGUUCAAAGUAAACCUAAGAAGCUACUUUUGCUUACCUGGGUUGUAAUUCUGUACACACUUACCUGGGAGUAAGCAAACUGAGUGGAGUGAAACUUACUUUUGAGUAAACAUGCCCAGAUUUGAGCUGUUGUCAUUUGAUUUUCAGAGCCUGUAUGAGGCAGAAAUUUGAAAAGUAAAAAGCCUUUCAUACUGCAAGAUCUACUGAGGCUGUUCUGCCUAGUUUCAGACCCUUAUGUUAUAAUAUGCCUUGCUUACUUCUGGCAUGUGAGAAGUGUCAAUGAUGUAAUUUGAUUUACAGCAGUCGUUUUAUUGGGGCAACCUGACUUUGUAUGUUACCUUCUGUUCAAAAGCAAGUAUUUUAUGGGUAAUGUUCAUGCACAAAAGCAGAAGGGCACCUUAGCCUUGGUGGACUGACUUCACCAGGAACACAGGCUAUGAAAGCUUGUGCCUUAAUUAUUUGGAACCUCAUUUGUCAUUUUAUUGUGGCUGAUGGCUUUUGCACCGGGUAGCUUUCCACAUCCUGCCAAGCCCCACAGAUGAUCUGCCGUGAGCCUGUCUUUUAAUUAAUCUGUGUUUUUAUUGUUUGUUGCAACGUAGACGUUAUUGUUUUAAAUAAUUUGGAAACUGCCUUGAGCGUUUAUUUAAAGGGCAAAGUGUAAGGGAGGGGAAAAGGCAAAGUUAAUAAAACAGAGGUCCAGGACUUGAGAGGCUGAAACAGUGUAUGCAGAAUAAGGUGCUUGAAAUAUGGGAAGGAUGUGCCCAGGAGGUUACAGGAGGAUUCCAAGACAAUUCAUUACAUUGCGGUUUUCAGAUUUAAGAGUUGCAGGGUGGGGGAACUCCAGAACAUGAGGCAGAGAGAAUCAGGACCCAUAACAAACCGUUGUGGUAUAACCUCUCUCACAAUAGGAGUGCUUCACUUCAAGGUUCCAUGACUACUGAAGAUGAUCAGUCUUCAUUGGGCAAGGUUUGUUUUGGAGUUUCAUGUGCUCAGUGAAGUGCCUCCCCCCCCCCCCAAAAGACUUCUUGUACUUCUGCAACUCUGAAUUCUACCAAGCACCAUGAUACCUACAUCUUCUCUCUCAGUGGCCCCAUUUGGGCUCCAUUUCUGCUGGUGAUGGGUGGCAUGGGCUGCAGCCCUAGAGUUACUUGACUUGCUCGGUCACCUAUCAGCUCCUGGCUCCAUGGAAGUAACUCCAGUUUCUGCUUGUUGGCUAGAAGUCAUAGUAACUCAGGAAACUGGUACCCAUCCCUUGAAUAUUCCCAUCACUCAAGAUUUAGGGUGCCUGAUGGUUCUCCUUUGGUCCUGAAACACAUCCCUAGGAGCGCAUCUGCUGAAAAGGUGUUAAACGGGUACAGGAGCCUGGGUCUCAUGUGCAUCUGGCCACCUACACCAGGCCUAAGGAACCUGUGAUCCUUCAGGUGUUGCUAGAUGACAACUCCCAUCUUCCCUAACCAUUGGCCCUGCUGGCUAGGGCUGAUGGGAACAGGAGUUGAACAGGAGGGCCAAAGGUAAUUUAGCCCUGACCUCUCUGUGUUACAGGUUUCUGAUGUCAGCAUACAGCCUCAUUCUGACCUGGUAUGGUAACUUCCUAUUUCAUCCAUCUAGCCUAGUUUCUUUUAUUUUGAUUGGCAGUAGUUCUGGGGGUUUUUUGCCUGCCAUCUGGAACGCUUUUUACUGGAGAUACUAGGGAUCAAGCCUGAAAUGUGUCCUCUUUCCAUAACCAUAUUUUUAAAAUAAUAAUAAUAAAAUUUUAUUUAUAUCCUUCCCUCCCCAGCCGAAGCCGGGCUCAGAGUGGCUAACAGCAGUAAAAUGAUAUAACAUUUUCAGUGUACUUUAAACACAGUGUGCAAAUUGUAAUUCUGAAAAUGUUCACCUGGAGUCAGAGACAUUUGAAUUAGCCUUAACAAUACUAUUUUUCAAGAAUGUGCAUUGCAUCUAGGAAAUAGUCAUUCACUGGACAUCAGGGCUUAUAUUUCAACAAGGAAAUGCUAUUCAGUAAAAGUGCUUUAGCUGCUUGCAUGAGACUCUGUGGGCCAGUUUCUGGGCCUGGAAUAUCCAAGUCAGAGCAUCAACAUACUUCCCCUCCAAACCUCCUUGACCUAUGACCUAUGAGGUGGCAAGCAUAAAGUCAACAGGAACAUCCUUUCCCGCCAUGGGAGGGGGUGUGGUGGAGAUGAGAAACUUCACCUGUUGAUUUUUCUGCCUGUCAACAGCCCUGAAAAACACAGGAAUAGAAGUGUCAGUCGUUAAACGCAAAAAAGGAGGCAGACAGGCACACACCCCAACCCCGCAAAGCUGUAGAGCAAGAUUAUAGAUCCUGCCUGGAUCUCUCCAACCGCCUGUCGGUUGCAGAAAUAAAAAAAAAAAGCGCAAGCACUUGUUCUUUCAACUUGUUCUUCCCUGCCUGCAAGGCGCAUUACAAAUAAAUGACAAAGCGUUUGGGGAGGGAAGGUUCAUGCAGGCACCCGGAGCAUGCCAGCGAGCCAGUUUAUACUUGCUGCAGGAGUGUAAUAAAGUCAGCUUGCUUGAAUGCACAAGCAGCUCCUGAGGACCAAAGGACGGUGUGGGAAGGCAGCAAGGAGGGGGGGGGCGUGUCGGAGAAUGCUCCAGUAUGGUGGCUUCCGAUGACAAGCAAACUGUGCGAAGAGACGGCAAGCUGAAAGGGAAACAGAACUGCCUGGCGCGGCCACCGGCAAACCCAGCCGACCCCGGCGAGGAGAGUGAGGCAGUGUGGUAAGCAAAACUCCUUCCAACCUCGAGAGAGAGAGCCUUCGGAAAGACCGUGAGGAGCUGCCCUAAGUGGCUUAGCACUCGCCCUGCUUACGUGCUCAGCCGAGUUUCAUUGCCGUUGUUUGUUUGAUGUAGAGAGUUGGAUUAAUCAUCAAACAGUUUUAUGGAAAGAGAAGGCCUACCCUGUGCUCUGGAAUGCUGAAGGGUGGCUAACUCUGCCCACCUCCAGUUCCUUGGAAUAGCUCCUGUGCCUCUCUAACAGGUUAUAUGUCAGGCAGGAGUUGAGCAGGUGAUUUUCUCCCCUCAUAGGAACAUAGGAAGCUUCCUUAUAUUGGUUCUGACUCCCUAGCUCAUUAGGGUCUACAGGUUUCUCUGCCAGUCCUCCCUGGAGAUGCCCGGGUUUGAAACUGGAAUGUUGUGCAGGUCUGGGACAGGUUUGUUUCUUUUCUGCUUAUGGUGAUAAAACCCCAGUAUCUCUACCAGGGGAAGAGAUGGCAACCCUAGUAAGUCAUGUUGUGUGGUGUUGUUGUUUUUUUUUAAAAAAACACAGUACAGCAGUUAAGGGAAGUGUUGGAUUUACCACAGCAACAUCGUGGGUGUUUUUUGAUUGGCGCUUAAUGCAUGUCAGUAACUCGGCAGGGUAAAUUCAGACUAAUAAUGUCUAUAAAGAUGCUUGUCAGUCCAGCCUCUCCUGCUCCUCCCCUUUAACAAAUGACAGGUUGUUGCUCUGAAAAAUGUGACAGGUGGAAACUUGCGGAUUGUAAGGAAUGAUAUUUUAAAGUGAUCUGCUGACCCUGUUGGUGCAUUGCUUUCAUUUCACACUUCUUUAAGUAGAUGGAUAACUCUAACCUGAAGCAAAAUUUGAGGCAAACUGAUUUGCCUCAAUAUUUUGGACUUCAAUAGCCUGACACUUAAGUCAGUUAAUACGCUAUACUUAAAUUUGAACUGAUUUAAUCCCCUUGGGGAUGGAAAUGUUUUCAGCCCAUGCGCUUUGCCAGGAUUGGUUAGGACCAGGCUACCUAGUAAGCCUUCUGGUUUAAAAUCUGUAGUUUAAGAGGCUGCAGGGGCAGGAUUUAUCCGCAGUUCAGAGUUAGGCCAUUCGACGAAAGUCUCCAUGGCACCCCUAUAUUAGGGGAACUAAAUCAUAGAAUUAAAGAAUUGCAGAGUUGGAAGGAACCCUGAGGGUUAUAUGGAUACACUUUUUGUUAAAAGAAAAAGAAAAUAAAAACAUAGGAAAAAUAAUAAUCAAGAAUUAGCAAGUCUGUCGAGUAAAGAAGCACCAGAUAUAAUACUUCCUUCUUGUGGUGGGCAGGAGAGUCACCAUAAUCAAGUUCGUAUCCUAGCUAUCUAUUUAUAAUUUCCCCUUUUGAAAGAAGGGCAAAGAAGGGAGUUGUCUGGCAUAAGGCGAGCCUUGAAGGGGUUUGUACUAUUCCUUUUACUUCUGACGAUCGCGCUGCGUGCGCCUUUCCUUUGUAACCAAAACGGCACUAUCCAUGCACAAGGAACCCAAAUGUAGAAAAGUGUAAAAGAUAUUUAGAGGAAAAACUCAGAUCCAAAUGUUACCUUUUUUGGAGGGGGAAAACCAGGGGUGGAUGAGGAAAGGACUAGAGUGUCUGUCGUCCUGAACACUGCAAUGGCAGGUCCCACUUGUACUGAUUAUAUGAUAAAAAAAUCAUCCGUAUGGGAAGUGUUGUGUAUACACAUAUAAAUGUAAUAUUUUAUUCCUCCUCCUCCCUGCUCCCUGCCUAUUCUGACCUAGGCAGUGCAAUCUGAUGCAUGCCUACGCAGAAGUAAGUGCCACUGGAUGCAGCAGGCCUGGCUUUCAAGGUGACAUGCAGAGGCUUGUGCCGCUGGAGCUGAGUGCGCCUGGAAAAGCAUUAGAAAACCAGCUAGAGAAAUGAAAGAUGCAAGGAGGAAUACCUAACUGGGAAUGCUUUCCAAAAGUGUAAGGUUUAAGCGUCAGCUCAAAGCCUUACUAGGGAGUAAGGCCUAUUGAGACUAACUUCUCUGAGUAAACAUGCUUAGAACUACAGUGUUAAAGAAGCAGAAGGAUUUUUUUAAAAAAUAUUGUUUUGCUUUCUGUGCUGAAUGUAAAAGGCUCUAGUGAGUGCAGGCCGUGUAAAUCUACUCUACUAAUUGUUUCGUGUGGCACCCGUUUUGGGAGUUUCUUUCGUGAAGUCUGUACAGUGGUACCUCGGGUUACGAACUUAAUUCGUUUUGGAGGUCUGUUCUUAACCUGAAACUGUUCUUAACCUGAGGUACCACUUUAGCUAAUGGGGCCUCCCGCUGCCGCCACACGAUUUCUGUUCUCAUCCUGAAGCAAAGUUCUUAACCUGAGGUACUACUUCUGGGUUAGCGGAGUCUGUAACCUGAAGUGUCUGUAACCCAAGGUACCACUGUAUACUGAGACUUGCUCAGUGCUUGACAGUCGCCAUCCGUAUGUCUGUGUGUGUUUUGUAGGUUCACUAAAGGUACGUAAGAAGCAGCAGGAGGUUUACUGAAUAGAAGCGGCUGACUUACCAUACAUGACUGAUGGGCUGAGAUUCAGUUACGUGCUGUGUAGGCCUGCCCUAAUUCAAGAUUCCUCCUCUAACCUAGUUAAUUGAUCCGUUAAUCUGCCUAUUCACAAAGCAGGUAAUUAGAAUUGAUAGCACAGUGGGUGUGAUGUCGUGAGACUCUUGAGGAAAGGUAACUGGUUUCUCAAUUGCACAAUUAAUAUAAUUUUGUAUUGUCUGAGGGAGGGGAAAUCUUACGCAUUUGGCCUGAUCCUCAGAGCUAUGGGAGCUGAAGAAGAGUGUAUAUGCCUGUCUGUGGGAAAACAGUGACACUUGCAGAUCCCUGUGGGGUAGCCCGUGGCAUUAUCUGUAGUAUGGAACUGCUCAGUGUUGCGUGCCCACUUGUCAUGGACUGGCUGGGUGCAGAGGAGGUACCAGCUGAGGAGCCCCCAAGGGAACCUCCAGGGGAAGGAGGCUCAGAGCUAGGGUGCUGGUGGUGGGACGACGAUGAGUGGUCAAAGGGAGACGAGGGAGCAGACUGGGAGGAGGCGGUGUCGGAAGCUGAAGAGGCAACAGGGUUUAGUGAGCAGGAAGAAGCUGAGGCAGAGAGCAGUCCUCAUUCAGAGGCUGGAGAGGAGGGGGACCAGCUCCCCUCCCCAUUGGUCUCCCAGAACAUGCAGAGAAAUGACAAGAGCAAAGCAGAGAUUGGUUGCACGCAGACACAAUCUAUGAUUGUUUGGCGGUGGGGAACCCUGUAGAGGAGGGAACUUAGGCAACUGUGGAAAGGUGAGGACCUUCAUUCCUCACAACAGCCUCAUUGGGGCAAGAGCUACUGGGAAGAGUUGCUGGGAUCAGUAGUGACUGUUUUGGUUUCUUUGAAUAAAGGGUUAACUUCACAGACAUCGGUGUUUUUAUAUCGCUGACCUUCACCUGAUUCCAGCUCCUGACACCACCCUGCAUCAAGCAGUGGUUUGCUUGGGGCAGGAUGUUGGGGGCAGAAGUCAGGGGCCUCAUUCUGCAGAAUGAGCAGGAGACCACCACCACCCAACCCAGCAGGGCUGGCUUACUGCAUUUUUAUUAUUAUUGUCAUUUCAUUCAUUGACUUCUUCCUAGGAAACCUCUUGAAGCCAUUUAACCGCAAAAGCAUGCAUGUGUUGUGCAUAGAUUCAUUUUAAACUUUUAUGCUAAGGGUAGUCAGUGUGCAGAACCAGGGAGCUGGACUGAGAUAUGGAAGGGACCACAAGGAUCAUCUAGUCUAACACUUUGCAUUUCAGGAAUCUUUUCCCCCCAACAUGGAGCUCGAACCCAUCACCCUGAGAUUAAGAAUUAACUGAGUUAUCCAGCAAGCAGCCUAAAUGUUUUAAUGGUGCUGUCUUCCCCAGAAAUACCGAAUUCUGAGCAGAGCAUUGGUGUGGGGUACUUAGUAGAGGAGAGGAGGAGGAGUUUGGAUUUGAUAUCCCGCUUUAUCACUACCUUCAGGAGUCUCAAAGCGGCUAACAUUCUCCUUUCCCUUCCUCCCCCACAACAAACACUCUGUGAGGUGAGUGGGGCUGAGAGACUUCAGGGAAGUGUAACUGGCCCAAGGUCACCCAGCAGCUGCAUGUGGAGGAGUGGGGAAGCGAACCCGGUUCCCCAGAUUAUGAGUCUACCACUCUUAACCACUACACCACACUGGCUCUCGUAAUCACAGCCCAAGAUUUAUAGGAAGAAAUAGAAGGAGGAAGCCUUUAAAACAAAAGCAGCCCUAUCCUUUCCAUGUUUACUCCAAAGUAAAUUCCACUAUGUGUGGUCGGUCUGACUCUGGAGAAAUGUGCCCAGGAUUGCAGCUGAAUUCUUCCUUCUUCCCCGUCACCGGUACCUUCUUAGGAAGCUUUUCACAAGAUAUUAAGGCAAAAUAAUCAAGUGCUGAUUCCUUGUAAUCAUCCCCACCCCCCCACCCCCCGGUUUAUCUUCAGAGCAACCAUUUAAAUUCUUUCUUGCAGAUAUGACCCCUUUGCUGCGGGCUCCCACAUGUCUUCCAAGGUGGAGGAAAUGGCAACGGUGAGUCACUUAACUAUUUUAUUAACCUAUAAAUGUCCAUUAAAUUAACACUUGCUUGUGCUGUGAGUUUUCUUGCUCUCCACACCACCUUCCUAGCUGUCACUGGUGCGGAGCUGCACAUUUUAACGGCACUGGGGCAUUAUACUUUGACUUGAGCUUUGAAGAUGAUGUCCUGGGCUCCUCCUUGUACUCAUGGCUCUGUGUUUAUUUUUGUCUAGUGAUUAUGCCACAGGUGUGACUCUGCCAGUGACUGUUGCCAUUGCAUCACACAUCACUGUGUGUGAUUCUGUCAUUAUUGGCUGUUGCCACUUUGCCAAAAUAAUAAUUAUUUUCACAAACGUAUCCAUGUUAGUUUGCUGCAGCAAAACAGAGCAAAAAUCUUUUUUUAGGUGCAUUUAAAGGUGACCAAAUGCAGGUGUAAAUACACACAAGGUGAUAUCAGUGGGAAGUGAAAUGCAGAAAGAGCAGAUAGGGGCAAUCAUGUUGCCAAUAACGACUGUUCACGAUGACCGUGCAGGUGAUAACGCAAACAUCCUGGCAUCGGUAAGCUAAUUAACACACGUAGUGUAAUAAAAACCCGCUGUCCCAAUUAAAGCCACGGUUGAUAGACUGGAACCUCUUGAUAAAUUGUAAUUCAUCAGAUUCCCAUUGCAUCCUGCCUUUUUGAAGUUCCUCUGUUUGAGAACAUCCACCUUAAAAGUCAGCCACAGAGAGGCUGAAAUGUUCCCACUCUAGUUCUUUAAUACAGUGGUGCCCCGCAAGACGAAUGCCUCGCAAGACAAAAAACUCACUAGACGAAAGAGUUUUCCGUUUUUUGAGUCGUUCCGCAAGACGAAUUUCCCUAUGGGCUUGCUUUGCAAGACGAAAUGUCUUGCGAGUUCUUGCGAGUUUGUUUCCUUUUUCUUAAAGCCGCUAAGCCGUUAAUAGCCGCUAAGCCACUAAACCGCUAAGCCGUUAAUAGCCGCUAAUAGCCGCUAAGCCGCUAAUAGCCGUGCUUCACAAGACGAAAAAACCGCAAGACGAAGAGACUCGCGGAACGGAUUAAUUUCGUCUUGCGAGGCACCACUGUAUUGCCAUUUCAAAUGUCAGAUUUGUGACUGCUUGUUCAUUCGCUUAGAGACUGUGUAUAUUGUCUGUCUGUCUGUCUCUCUGCUACAGAAGGGCAGCUACUGGCAGGUGAUAUAAGCAUAUCUUGGUAGUGGCGCCUGCCCUGUGGAACGCCCUCCCAGCAGAUGUCAAGGCAAUAAACAACUAUUUUACUUUUAAAAGACAACUGAAGGCGGCCCUGUAUAGGGAAGUUUUUAAUGUCUGACGCUGUAUUGUUUUUAAUAUUAGGUUGGAAGCCGCCCAGAGUGGCUGGGGAAACCCGGCCAGAUGGGUGGGGCAUAAAUAAUAAAUUAUUAUUAUUAUUAUAUUAUACAUUAGUAGAAUAUGGGCAGAUGAAUGAACCCUAGAUGUUGUGGCUGACUUCAUUAGGGUUUGUUGCUUGAGUAGAUAUGGGUCAUAACAGAGUCAUAAUAGUUGCCAAUUCUGUCAUUGACUGCAUUGCCUAUGUCACAAGCGGAAGGCAUGCAAGCCCGGUGGCCAUGGUUUUUAUUAUUAAUUCUUUUGACUUGGGCUGCUCAGCCAACUAUUUUGUCCCUUGCUUUAUGCCGGCUUGUUAUGACCUCCUUCACCCCCUCGGGAAAUGCAGAAAUCAUCGACAAAGUUGGUUCAGUGUCCUGCCAUUUAAUCUAACGCAGUGAUCCCUGACAGAGACGGGAUUAUUGGGAUUUUGGUUUUUGGAAAAAUUAGGCUGCGGUGUUAGAUGCAUUCAUCACUUCAUGCCUGUUGGAGCAGGAACGGCCCAGUCAGCAGUGACUCUUCGCGUAGGGUCUCUGCCAGUGUGUGGGUGGUGACAUCAUCUUCAGAACACCCUGGGAAUUCCCAUUUCAUGCUGCAGCCCAGGUCUGAGAGGCAUCACUAUUGCCUAGUAAAGAUAGUGUCCUCCCAGAGCUCUUGCUGGUUAAACAGGGAAAAGGGAAGGGCACCAAAAGGCAAAAAUAUUGAACUGGGUUGUGCUGCAGUUUCAAGGAAGAUGCCCACCCCUUGUGCUGGGAGCAGAUCAACAAGAUGUGUGUGUUUAUGUAUCUUCGGGUAUCCUCUUUGUGUGUCCAUGUGAAGUAUACCUCCAACUUUAAUCCAGAGGAGCACUGUUCCCAAGGCAUCAGAAGUUUAGUACACUUUUAUUUGAUCCAGCAAUGAGUGGAGGAACUCAGGACCUUUGGCUUCUGUGACUUAUUAAGCCUUCAAGGCCUUCCCAUUUGUAUAUAGCCAGGGUAGCCAAUGUAGUGACCGACAGGUGAUGUUGGACUCCAGUUCCCAUCAGCCUCAGCCAGCAUGUUGAAUGGUCAGGCAUGAUGGGAGUUGUAGUCCAGCAACAUUAGCUGCCCCGGCAUAUAGUAUAUACAAAUAGCGAACUUCUUCUCUGAGUGUGGAUUCUUAUGUGCACCAAAAGGAGAUAACUGCAGGCGCUGGGGAAAAUCCCAGGUUAGCAGGGGUGCCAAAAAAGAAAGAAAUAAGCAAACAGUUGGGUUUUGAAGGAAUGCAAAGCAAUGUCGCUUUUAUAGCCAGGCUGCUAUUAAAAUUAUCAGUACAGUAUGGUUCCUUCAGAUAAGCAGGUGUUUCUUCAUUUUCUUUUUUCAAAUUGGCCAGUAAUAAGCUGGCUUUGAUCUGUUGCAGAGGUGAGGGAGGGGAACACAAUUAUUCAUUUCCUUGAUUUUGUCUUCACCACCACAGAUUGAAACAUGCGACAGCCCUUUGCCCUCUGAACUGGCAAAUAAGGGUCUGGAUGCAAAUCAAGCUGAGAUGACAGAUGACAGCACGUGUACAUGGAACGAGCAGCUGGAAAAUGAGCUCUUACGAGGUAAGCUCAUAUUUUCCCUUGCCAUUUUUCUUGAGAUCAGGGGUCCACAAAUUCAGAAGGAGGUUAAUAUGUCCACUGAAGUGUCCUACCUUUGUCUUCUGGCUUGAUAAUAACAAUUUGGAUUUUCUUCGUGUUAUUAUUGUUAUCAUCAUUAUUAAUUACCCACCCUUCACCCUAAGCUUCCAGGGCAAGUUACAACAUGAAAACGAGUUUAAAACAAAUAGCAAUAGCAAAAAUAAAGCGGGAACUAAAAACAUAGAAGGUCAGCAUCUUUGAUUUCCCCUUACUCCAGGGGGAUUGUGCCAGCGGUUAUGGUGUUUUCUUGCAGACACUGGCACCAUCUGUCUGGACAAGAACAGAAUAUAUUGAUUCAGGUUCAGACAAUCUUCUAAAGCAGGCACGGGGAACCUCAGGACUGGGGCACAAAUGUAGCCCUCCAAGCCUUUCUUAUCGGCCCCUGGGUAUCUCUUGAGGCCACCCCCCUUACCAGCCCUGCUCUGAAUCUUCCUUGAGUGAUGAUGCCCAGCUGGAAUGAGCCCUUGAACUCUGACGAUGCUUCUGGCUUGUGUGGGUAGAAGAUAAGCCCCUCAGGACUGCAGUAUCUCAAGGACUGCCUCUCUCCAUAUAAGCCAUCCCAGACCCUGAGAUCGUCCUCUGAGGCCCUUCUUUGUGUGCUGCUUCCAUGAGAGGAAGCACAAGAACAGGCCUUUUCUGCAGUGGCUCCCCAUUUGUAGAAUGCUCUCCCCAGGGAGGCUUGCCUGGUGCCUUCGUUAUCCACAUUUAGGUGCCAGGCAAAACAUUCCUCUUCAACCAGGCCUUUGGCUGUUGUAACAUCCUGUAUCCUUUUACAUGUGUUGUGGGAGGAAAGAUUAUUGGUUGGUUUUUGUUCCUAUUUUUAAUAUGCAUUUUGUGUUUUUAUGCUGUGAACUAUGGAUGAAGGGCACUGUACAAAUUUAAUGAAUAAUUAUAAUAUAAUAUAAUUAAUAUAAUAUAGAGAAGGGCAUGUAAGUGUGUGUGGAAACUAGCCUAUUGUACACAGUAGUACAAUGGAUGCCCGGGUUGCGAACGUGAUACGUGCAGGAUGCAUGUCCGCAACCUGUAGCAUUCGCAACCCACAGCGGCGCGUCUGUGCAUGCACAGGUUGCGACUCGGCGCUUCUGCGCAUACGCAAAGCGCGAUUUAGCACUCCUGCGCAUGCACAACCGCCGAAACCCGGAAGUAGCACGUUCCAGUACUUCCGGGUUUCGGCGUGUCCAUAACCUGAAAAAACUCAACCUGAAGCAUCUGUAACCCAAGGUAUGACUGUAAUGCUAACAGUUGCUCCGCCCACUUUUGCCUCUGGCCCCUCCCACCACUGCCAUGUCCCCCCUGAAAAGGUGUCUGGAGGGGAACACAGCCCCCAGCUUACAAAAGGUUCCUACACCUGGAUGAAAGAGUAUCGAGGCUGAGCCCCACUCCACCCUUCCUCCUGUCACAUGCUGUCACAACUCCCAGGCUCACUGCCUAGUGAAAUCAGAGAUGUAGAGAGCUUCUUCCAGUUCUUUUAUUUAAAUCAACAGAAUACACAGAGAGACCAUGAAUUAUGCUCCCCUCAGUCUCAAGAGUGCCCGCUCCACCCCCAACCCCCCUUUACGGUACUUGCUAGCUUCCAAACCCCUCCUUGCUGCCUACAGUGGCCGGCAACAGAAUCUUCCUGUCUCUGUUUGGUCUUCUGCUCCAAGAUGUGAAGGGAUCACCUGGUCCUUGGAGAAGGAGGAGGUCCUACCAGGCUUUCAAGGGACGUAGUGUCCACUGUCCGCUGUACUGUUUCUCCCACUUCUGAGUCCUGUCUCUGUUCCCAGGCCUACAGCAUCUGCUAGCUUGCUCCUGUUUCUCAUCCUCCAUUAUUUCCCAGCUUCUUUGCUGCUGCUUCUGGGGUGUGUCCUGUCCGCCGCCACCACCAACUUGCUUUCUUACUAGCGUUCAUCUUCCUCCUGCCCAAAAGCCUCUUGGGCUGGAGAUCUCUACCAGUCCUCCUCCUCUGUCCAGUCCCUGACACAUGCCAGCUUUGGUGCAAAGUUCCUAGCUAGUAUUAACCUAGAGUUAUGUCUGAACCAGAGGCUUUUAAUGUCUGUUAAGAAGGCAGGAAAAUAAACCUGCGUAGCUCUCUAGACUUGGGCUGUGCAGGUGGGUACAAGUAGCUCAUUAUCCUUGGCAUCCCUGAGGGUGAAAGUAUCCUCUGUAAAUUGCUCUCGCUGCAUUCUUGGCAGGUAAAAUGCCUCGGUGACCUGGAAUCAAAUUUAAUGUUUAACCCCAGUUAAAGGAGGCUAAUGUACAACUGCUUGUUGACGGGGCAACAGAGCUCUCAAGUUCUUGAGAGAUUUACUACACUGUUGCUAUAGUUCAUUAGCCCAGAAUUGGGGAUCCAGAUCCAGCCACCCUGUGCAGGCCAAUUUUGACAGAUGGGUAGGACUGCACAUCCAUACAUACACCCUCACACAAGCAGCAAUCCAGACAUGUAGAGAGCAUUUCUAGCUCUUCCACUCCAAUGCUGGGCAGGGAUAGCUAGAAACAUGGAUCAGAUUGGGAGAUAAAGUUGGUGGGUCACUUUCUGUGGUUUGGUGGGCCGGUUUCAGCCUUCGAGUUGGCCACUCCUCUUCUAGGGAGCAUGAAAGUUAAAGGAGGUCAGCUUUACCCAAAACACUUGUAAUUGGAUAAAGAUUAAGUUUGAAAGCACACUUUAAACGAGUGUAGAUUUUUGAACAAAGAUUUAAAUGUAUUUUAUAUGCUGUAACCCUUCAUAAAAGAGACAUGUUCCCAAUUCCAACAUUCCCAGAUUUGUCCAGAAUGACACUUGUUCAGUGUGAUUUAAGUUUGCCUGUUGUUCAGCUGCAGUUUUCUUCGAAUAUCUAGAAUACUCUGAUAAUCUGGGAUGUGUUAGACAAGAAUGUUAUGGCACAAGUAACGAGUUGACUUGGUUCGUAUAUAUUAAUCAAUCUCUUUCCUUCUCUCUCUCUCUCUCUCUCUCUCUCUCUCUCUCUCUAGUCCUGGGGAGUCUGGAUGACCAGCUGGCGCAGGAACAAACCCGAGGAGAAGCAGGGAACAGGAGGACCCCAGCCGACUCUGCUUCCAGAGCACCAGACAUCGAUCCCUAUUCAACUCUUACUCGACCGGGUUUCCUUGGAGGGGUGCAGAGAAAUGAACGGAGCAUGUUUUUGUCAGAUGGGACAAGGACGCUGCGAGCCACCGAUGAUCACAAAGCUUUAUUCAGGCCGAGGGUGCCGUGUGAUACAUAUACAAAAAGGCAGCGUGUGAAGGACGGCACAUACGGGGAUGUUUAUGGCAGAAGCUCCCCUGUCUUGAAGAGAGGGAAUUCUACUCGCUCUCUUGGACAUUCCUCAGAAGGCAGCUUGCAUCUCCCUCUGGGACAGCGCAGCAGUGGAUUUGGACACAAGGACUUCACGCCCAGGGAUUCGGUUGGCAGGAGUUACUCCCUGUCUUGCCUUGCAAGGCGCCCGUCUUUGACGUCUGUGGACCAGCUUUCCCCAGCGAGCCCGCAGCACCCUCUGGAAGGCAACAGAGUCUUUGCACCAAGGAACUAUCGCCAGCAUCCCAGGCGGACCCCCCUGUCAUCUAUUGUAUGGAAUACACCGCCGCCUUCAGAGCAUCCGGUAUACCCCGACGGGCUUCUUAGGACGCAGUCAUUAAUGGAGUUUGGCCCAGUAUUUGAGGACACGUACCCUUGUUCUCUGCAGAAGGACACGAGAUACGAAUUUUACAGAACAAAAGUAAAUUACAGAAGAGCAGUGCCGGUUAUGGGCAAUCCCGUUUUUGCGGAGAAACAUACAGACCCGCUGGGGUUUGACAACCGGGAGAAUUUUCUGUUGCAUCAGCUGGGAAUGAGCGCUUCAAAGCCCCGCUAUAGAUACCCAUCCUUUCAUGGCAGGAUGAGCCUCCCUCGUAAGAGUUUUCCUUCCGGAAGAAUAGAGGAGAGGCUUCUUACGCCCACUGACCACCAUUACUACAAUGACGAAGUCUUUGUCGGCCCUGAUGCUGACGUGGAAAGGAUUCCGCUGAAUCCUAGAAAUUGGCAAGGUGCCUAUGCAAAAAAAAUGGGUGAGAGGGAUGCUCAGAGCCGCGUAUCGGAUUACAUCAGGAGGCACAUGGAUCGUUCAGAAGGUAUACGAAACAAACCGUUUGCAAAGCAUGCAGAGGGCAUGCAGAGCUGUCCAGCACUUGAUUUAUCUGUCCGAAAUGGCCAAGCGGAAUAUGCAUCGCAAAGACAAAAUCCUUUCGUUAGAGCUGGACAAGCUUCCUCAAAGGCUUUGGCUAAACACUUUGAAACCAAGAGAAACUUCAAAGCAGAAGAGGAGAGGGGUGCUGACCGGAUGGACAAAAUGGACAGUGAAGCGACAUUAAGACUAAUUUCUGAUCCAGUGGACACACAUAGUCCCGCUGAUUCUUCGAUGCCUCCUUGUAAGAACUCUUCUGCAGUUGACUCACAAAGCUGCACAUCUCUUAAACCACCUCACUCACUGUGUUCAAAGUCAGAUUCCAUAACAGAUACCGGAAACAGUUAUUUAUCAAACAUUCACAACAGAACUGGACGAAGAAACGAAGGUGAUUGUGCCAUAAAUAGUGAUCUCGAUCAAACAACUCCCCCUCAGUUAACUGCCAACAACCCUAGGACAUCCAUUCUUCAUCUCUUGGAGCGAGAGGGGCGUGCUGUGGAAAGCUUGGGAGCUCUCACACCCAACAAAACGCCUGGGAAUAUUUGUUUGUCUGCUUUGAGCAGAGGCCCCAAAAUGCUUUUUGACAAUGAAUUGCCACAUUCUUGCACUGAAAAUUUCAACAAGUGCAAUAGGUUUGUCAAACACACAACUAGCAAUAGUGUCACUGGCUCUCCCAGUAACAGCCCUCCCAAAUCUCCUGUAACUUAUUGCACCUUACCUAGAAAAUCUGCCAGUAUUGAUGGUAGUCUUAUAUCGGAGAAACCUAUCUCUUCUGCUGCAAGGCAAAUCUUUUUUAAAAACAACAGAGCUGUGGGAGAUAAUUUAGAAACCACUGCAUCGAAUAGAAUGGGGGGGAAAUUUCCAAACCAGAGAGCUAAAAGCUUCUUGCUAAAUUCAGCCCAUUCUUCCUUAAGUCCAUCACCAAAAGAUGUCUCCUGUAAUCUUUCACCAGCUAAAGGCAAUCCUUCACUGAUAACCCAAGAGUCUAGCAAAUCUGUCGGUUCUAAUAACACCAAGGGGAGAAGCACCAUCAUACAGAGUCCAGACAAAACUGAAAUUUCUGUGCUUUCUGAAUGCGAGGGAACUGAUGCAGGAAAUCCCUUAAAGCAGUACAAAACCACCAGCACACUUACAGUUAGCAUUGAGGAAGAUAAUGUAAAAUAUCACGAGCUGAUUUCGGUUUACUACACCUUACCACGGAAACAGUCGAGAACGUUGAGCAACCUCUUUCUAGAUGAUAACCAGAGCACAGACUCUUCCCCGCCCAAAGGCAAAUUUGAGCUUCCGCAGAAGAAAUAUGAAGUCCGCAUUGGUUUAGGAAGAGUGGCUUUUCCUUCCAGCUUAGAAAAAGAAGGAAAAGCAGAUUCUCCUGGCAAAAUGGCUGCCACACCUGAUUUGUCGCAGAACGCAAAAACCUCUGAUGAUGCUAAUAAAGAAGAUUGCUGUGUCACGGAAAGAGCAGGUGCUUCUCCAAGUUUGCUGCAUAAUAGGGAAGGAGUGUUAGGCUCUCCAGCAGAAACACCAGACCUUGCAUUUUCCAAGAGGGUAGUCUCACAUGGACCUUCAGGUGACCCGAAACCCAGUGAAACCAUGAAUGAAUCUGUUAGUGCAACUACUACCAGCAGACAGUGCAAGGUGCAUAUUUUUAAGUUUCCCUCUCAACAGCAGAAAGAGUCAAAAGUUGACUCACCAUUAAGCCACAGCUCAUCAAAUACCACAGACAUUAGACAAGAUGUAGAGGUCAAAGAAAGGGCAUGUUAUAGAGGCCCUAGUAUUUCCAAAAAGGGCAAUGGAUUACAGUCAAGAAGUGAAAACAUUGGGAGCAGCACAGAUGAAGCAUUCAUUUCAGAGGCCAAGGUGCAUUCUAAGUUCCAGAACCAAACAUUACAAGUCGAUGCAACUUCCACAGUUGAUCCAGCAAUCCGACCAAACCAGAGUUCUUUAGAGUAUGCAAAGAAACAGAAGGAGAUGCUUCGGAAUUCUCUGCUACACAAAGAUUGCACAAAUGCACAGAGAUUGGUGAGAAACUCUGCAGAGAACUCUAAAGAUCAGGCUGCAGGGACUGCCCAAGAUCUGCCUGACUCUUCAGAGACUGAAAAUAAGCUUAUCUUGGAUUCCACUAAAGAUAAAGCUAGUGACAUAGAAAAAAGGAAAAACAGGCCUUCCAUUAAAAACAAGCUGGCAGCCAUGUACAAAACAAGUCGAAAGUUUUCCAGCAAGAAAACCUCAAGUCCCAAGCCACACAUAGGUAACAUCUUUUCACAGAACAACGCUCCGUUGGAGAUCAGCCACCCUCAUAGUAUGUUGAUUUCACCUGAUGGUCCUCCAUCACUUCUCCAAGCAGGAAAUGAGAACCAGAAUAGGAACCCUCUGGCUGAUGAAUUCGACAACAUGGUGCUGGACAAGCCUGACAGUAAGAAACCUCAAACUAACGAGGGUCCCCCAUUGCUUACCAAUGAGGUUAGAAGACCUUUUACAAACUUGUGCAACCAAAAAAGAGAGAGCCCCAGAAUUGAGACCCCGCAGAAUCCUACAGCCUUGUUUCCAAAAGGAAGUAUGUCCACAAGUAGUAAUUCCCAAACAGAUGAUGGACUGGAAAAUAUUAGUUGUUCCGUCCCCUCCAAAAUUAUAUUUGCAGAUUCAAAGCAAAUGAAAAAGGAUGUUGUUAAUGUUGGCGAGCAUUUGUUUUCCCCACUUUCAUCUGAUAAUACCUCAAACAUUCUUAACAAAAGUUAUUCAAAGAUCUGUCCGCCGCAAAAGAUGACCUCCCCUACAGAAUAUGACCACCAUCCAAACAUCAAGGAGCCAAACAGGUUGAGAAAGCUAAGCCGACCCUACAUUGAACCAGUCCUAAAUCCCAGCAAAGCUCAACGCGAACGGCAUUUUUCUGAAAGUUCGUAUACUCGGGCGCCCUGCGAUCGCCUGGCCUCCAGGAGCAACUUGAUAAGCCACGGCAGCAGGUACAAUCGGAAGUUCAAAUCCCACUCUGAACUGUUGUCUUGCGAUGAAAAUGAGAACUGGGAGACAGACAACGAAAGCUACAAGACCUUUGGUUCCAGGCGUGUGUUGUACCCAUCAAUUGAGUUUGGCAUUUUUGGGAAAGAGCAGCAGCAGGCUUUCUUGGAUAACAUAAAGAGGUCGCUCACAGAGGGACGGUUGUGGAGUCCGUGCCUUCUGAAGAACUCUAGUUCUCUGAGGAAGGAAGAGGAUUGUUCCUUGAACAGAUCCCAGCUGCUGAGCUCUGGUUCCGCUGAGAAAAACACAUCAGCGGGAGACUCACGCCCAAAUGAGCCGGUUGAUGUCCACGGAGAAGACCCUACAGAUUAUUCAGAUUCAGACUCCAGCACCACCACAGAUGACGAAUACUACCUGGAAGAGAAUGACAAGGAGUCAGAACUUUGAGGGGCUGUGAGGCACAAUGAAGGGGGGGUGGGGGAACUUUACCAAAAGGCUGGCUUGUCUGUUCCUUGGGUAGUUUAUAAAAUAUUUGGGUGUGAACACCUGAGUCAGAUCCUGUAGAUGUGCUGAUUUGAUCUCCAACCCUAAAUACACACAUUACCUUGACCACCUCACAAAUCACAGAGCUUUUUCUGCAGUGCCCAAGUUUCAGUCCCUCAUGACAGUGUAAAGUAGUAGUAGUAGUAGUAAUGAAAAUGUUGCUAAAGGGUCUCAAAUAGGGUUACUAGCUCUCUCUUCCCAGCUCCAAAUCAGGCCUCUGUGCCAUUAAUAAUUGCAUAUGGAGCAGUUGUGAAACUUUUCCAGGUAUGGAGAUUCAGCAAUGGGAAAUUUGUAUGCUGAAUUUAAUGGCAAGAAAAUACCCAGAAUAUAGAGGGUGGAUGUAUUAGUGGUCUAUGAAUCAAGGAUGCACUUGGCACAGUUUCUGUGGCCUAUGUACAUUCAUGUUUCCUUCUCCAUCCAUCCUACCUCUUUUUCUCCAGUAAGGAGUUGGGUAACUUAUAUGUGUGUAUUUAAUAUCUGAUGUGAAUAUAUUUUCUUUAGAUUGUGCGAGAAAAUUAAUGUUUAAUAUAUUUAAACAUUGGAGCACUGCUUGGUGGAUUGUUACCCAAGAACUCAUUGACCCAGCCAAAGUUAAAAGAAUGUCAAAUCCCACUCAUCCUGGUACAAAAAACUCUCCCAUGGAAAAAGAAGUGUGACUUAAAAGUGCACUUGCCCAAUUUUUGCCUUAUGUGUUGUUGUUGUUGUUUUAAACAGCAAGUAUGAACACUUCAGAAAUGGUGCCCAAGGUGGUUAUUUUUAAAUCACAGAAUAUACCGUACUUCGUUAAAAAAAGUAUAUAGACAAGUUGAGUGUGUGCCUUUAAAAUAUUAUUUUCUCGUGUGGUAUUGCUGUUGAAAUUAUGACUUGAAAUAAUGAAUGAACUACAUAUUUAUCGUCAGUGGUUUGUACACUGUUCUGGUAGAAUUUUAAAGUACAAGGUGUAUAUCUGUAUUGUUUAAAUAUGAAUUAUUUUGACAAGAAAUAUUCUGUGUGCAUUGGGCAUGUGACUCUUAAUUUAAUAUGUAUAUAGCAUUUUGUACCCUAAAGUGACAAGAAGUUCAGCAUGUAUCAUAAGUGGUGCACAAGUGUUUACAUUGAGCGGUUCUAGAAUUGUGUGUGCUCCUUUUUGUGCUUUGUACAAUAUUUGUAAGUAUUGUAAAUGUUUUGAGAUUAAUUUGGAAGCAAAUCUCAACCCCUUUUAAUAUUCUCACUUAUCUUUCUGAAGUAUGCUAUAUAUGCAAAGAAGAUGAUAACUUUGAUUUAGAUAAAUUUAUUUAUUUAAUGUUGGCUUUGGUUUGCACUGUUGCUGAUGCAAGCAGAUGCAUCUUCAUAUACAGUGCAAUUAUAUACAUGUCUACUUAAGAAGUAAGGCCCACUGAGUUCAGGGGACUUAUUCCCAGAAAAAUUAUAGGAUUGCACCCUUAAGUCUGUCGUAAACGUCAGUCCAUGUGCUAACUUCACUGGUUCUCUUGCACACCAUGGUUUACUCACGUGAGCAAUGUAAACCAGAGAAGAAGUGUGAAACACCACGGACCAGCUUCUAUAUAAGCAGAAAUAUCUCCAAAAGUAAUAAUAAAAUAAUAAGAAAACACUCCAAAGGUGGUGAUUUUAUUUAUUUAUUUUGCAAGAUUCUUCUAUA